CCUACUUCUGAGUUGAACGAAGAAUCCAAUGGAAGAGAAGAAGAAGAAGAAGAAACCAUCAAAGAAGAGCGAAUUCGAGUUCUGCAAGGUGUGCCGAUUCCAUCACGACCAAGGCCCUCGACACAAGUACUUCCCUCGCCACAAGGAGCUCCUCUCCGCUUUCCUUAAUCGAUUCCGAUCCAAAAUAGCCGACGUCAGAUUCUUCCUCAAAAACCCUAGCAUUCUACGGCCACAAGAGGAGUCUCAAAACCGUGUCUGGUGUGUCUUCUGCGAUGAGGACAUCGUUGAGAUCGGUAGCUCCUUUGCAUGUUCUAAGGCAAUUAAUCACUUUGCAAGCUCCGAGCAUCAUAAGAACAUCAAGCAGUUUCUCUGGAAACAUGGCCCAUCGAUGGAUUGUGUUGACGAUUUCCAAAUUUCAGAUGCUGAUGUAGCUAAGUGGGUGAGAAAAUGCACGGCGUUGGGAAAUAAAGAUGCAUCUUCUUGUAGAGGACAGCUUUCCGGGACAUCUAAUGAUAUCCAAAAUAAUAUUGAGUUUGAAAGAAGUGAAAAAGUUCAAACACACUUUAUUAAUCCUAAUGAUUUAAAUGAUGUUAAGCCUUUACAGUAUUAUACGAAUGAGUAUCAGAUAUCACAUUCAGGAGUUUCACAUUAUGGUUCACAACUGAACGUGGGUGCUUCUCAUCUCCCUCCAGGUGUGAUUGGAAUAACUAGCAGUUCUUCCUCACAUUCCAGCGAUGCUAGCGGGAACGUGCACUCUGGAGCUCCCCCUCCGUGGCUUACUCCAAGUGAUGUGAAUAUCUUCAGUGGUCAGCUAAACCAAUCAGACAUGACCAGAGUUCAGGAAAAGAUACCUGCGAAGACUAGUAAGCUGAAUCCUCAUAGGGUUGGUGCUGCAUGGGCUGAAAGGAGAAAGAUUGAGAUGGAGAUGGAGAAGAGAGGACUAGCGGUGCAUAGUAACAUUGAUGCAGAUUGGCUUCCCAACUUUGGUCGAGUUUGGCAAUCAGGCACUCGUAAAAGUUCUAGAAAAGAAUUUGAGAAGGAAAAACGGAAGUUAGUCAAAACUGAUAGCAUCUCUUUGGAAUCAGAAGAACGGAAGUUAGUCAAAACUGAAAAUAUCUCUAUGGAAUCAGAAGAACCAGUCCAAAUACAACCAUACAUUAGCAAACGGGCGCGAAGAGAGAAGAGUGGUGAGUGAUGCUUGUGGCUGACAUUCAAAAUGGAAACGAGUACGGAUCAUUCUUGUUGAAAUUUUAUAACCCUCUUUUCUUGGAGAGUUCUGAAAGAAUUUUAGAGGCAUGUGAUCCUGAAUACUCCUUUGAAUUAGUGUAAGAAAAUGGAGACAGUUUUGUUUUUGUACUGGAAUCUUAUGCAGUAUCAUAGCAAACGCCUUUCUGCUAUUAUCUAAUCUUCCUUCUGGUUCUUUAGAUGUUUGUCUUAGAUUCUUGUGUGGUGUUUGGUCUAUACUUUGUGGCCAUUUCCAUAAGCUUAUCC